AUGCAUUCCCUCGUGCUGCUCGGCCUCUCCCUCGCCGCCUUUAUCCCGACUGUGCGAUCGGAGAGUUCUUUCUCCCAGCCUCCCGGCCCCGGCCCCGCAGGAAAUUACCGCGACAAUCCAACUUACGAGGUCGGAGAGAAAAUUGACAUCCAAUGGAGUUCGGACCUCGAAACCAUGGACCUUCUCCUGUGGCAGGAGUAUCCCGGCGCAGGAGACUCGUCGUCCUUCUUUGAUAGACUUCUAGUGGACACAAGAUCAACAAGCCUGAUAUGGACGGUGAGCUUCAAUGGCUUCUCGACGGACGUUGCGGACGGCGAAAGCGCCAUAUUCUACCUGGCCCUGUACGAGGGCGGAACCAAUACGAUCGAUAUCACUUGCCACUACUUCAAUGUCACCGUACCUACCGCAGAAACGACGACGGCAUCGACUGCAACGACUGUAUCGACGAACGUGAGCACUGGGAAACCGACCCCAGAAUCUGAAACGACAACAACAGAAUCAUCGACAAAAACCUCAACAUCGAACUCAGAAUCAACUUCCGAUUCAAAUUCUGACUCAGGACUGUCAACCGGAGCUGUUGCUGGCAUCGCCGUCGGCGCUACCCUGGGCGGAGUUCUGGCGCUUGGUGGUUUGGGAUUCCUGAUCUGGAAGUACUUCAUCCGAAAACGAGAUCCCAGUGGUCAAUACACACAGGGCCAGCAAGUUCCACCUGAGGACAACAAGCCUGAGUUGGCGGGCGCAGAUUGGAUCCAUCCUCCACAAGGUGAGCCCCGUACACAAGGUCCUGGUGGAUUAUACGAGGCGCCUUGA